AUGCCCUCCAACAUCCAGGUCUUCGUGAAAUGGAAGGACCAGACCAUAUUUGCAGGAGAAGAUGUGGAAUGUACCAUCACGUUCAAGAACAUAGCUGAGACAGGCGUCGAUGCCAGCGGGAGCGAAGGGGGUCAACAUUCACGAAAGCUCUCACGAGUCGCGAACCACACGGCCAACUCGAACUCGGACUCUUUCUUCGGACUCAAAUCACCCCAGGCCCUGUUUUCUGGGCGACGGUCGUACUCCAUCAGCUCGCAGCGAAAGCCUUAUCACCGAACAGCCUCGUCUUUGAGCACUCCGCAUGUCGGCUCACAUAGCUUCCCCCCGAACAGCAGCCCCUCUACGCCGCGCACUUGGCAACCAAGUCACAGCCACAAACGAUCUGUGUCCAUUCUUUCUAUCGACAGUGAAGGCCAGACUGAUCCAACACCUGCACCACAUCAAUACAAUCGUCCGAAGCCAGUCAGGGGUCAUGGGCGCUCGGCGAGUCUCCAGGUUCUGCCAAGGAGGAACAAUAGCUACGAGGACUCCUACAAGAAAGUGAGAUCCCCUACGCAUGCUUUCCCUUUUCCAUUGUCAGAGGCUCCAAACGAGCAUCCCAAUGGCAACUUGACCGUAGAAACCAAUUUGGGACGUCGCAGUCGUCCUGGCUCUCUAGCGACAAGUCCAACAGAACCCGUGGAACCAAUAAGUUUACCUGCGCGACGGCCACAACCACCUCCCAUGGAGUUCAAGUUCCCAGCCGCGCCUCCACCUGAACCCAGUGCCAACCUUUCAGCGCGCACUCCAUCUCCCAAGUCGGCAACAACAAACGGUACUACGUCUACCGGGGGAAGAUCUAAUGCCAGAGAAGCGUCUUUGACGGCUCCGGCACACCAACAGCUGACUCGAAUCAUUUCGGCCACUAGCGCAAAUGGAAGCGCUCGCAGCAGUGGAGAGUUCUUCUCCGUCAGUGACCAUUCCACUGAGACCCUUGGAUCAGAGUAUACAGCCUAUUCAACACAAAGUGCACGAGUGCCUCCAUCUGUACGACAUGCGCGGCAUCAUUCCAGCGCGGUGACAUCUCCAUUCAAGGCUCCUGACAGCCAGGCGCUGCUCAUGGGAUAUGCACAAGUCAGCGCCUCUUUUACGCUUGAUGGCUCAUUAGUUAAUCAGUCGGCAUUCGAGGAAGUCAAGCGGAAAGGAGUUGUCGGUGGCCACCCAGGCCCAGGAGGUGUUCCUGGCCGGCCAGCAACUCCCGAGCGUCCACGUAAAACUGGUGGGUUCUGGGGAGCGUUCAAGUGGAAUACAAUCGAAGAAUCCAUCAAUGGUCUUCUCCCAAACAAUGAAUUGGAUGGCUUACGGGAAAUGCGUGGCGUAUCAUCCUCUCGUUCCAUUCCACUCUUAUCGACUUCGCAAUCACUGCUUUUCGUCGACCUUCGAUUAGCGCCAGGGGAGGAACAGUCAUAUUCCUUCUCUUUUGCCCUCCCCAAAGGACUCCCGGCGAGUCACAAAGGAAAGGCAAUCAAAAUCUCAUAUAAUUUAGUCAUUGGAACUCAGCGACCAAGUGGAGCCAACGAGCCUCAAAAGGUCAACCGCAUCAAUAUACCAUUCCGUGUUUACAGCGGUGUUAAUGACAAGGGAGAUAUCCUUGGGCACGAUCUGAUGUCACCUUAUGUGCUUCUACGAGACGAGGCCAAGGUGCAUAAAGUUGAACCAACAACACCAGUUGCUACAAAGAACCAGAGCAUUAGUAAAUCUCAUCAUUCUGCGACUGAUUUCCUUGGAUAUGUGGAUGAAAUUCUGGAGCAACGUGCGCGUUCUAAUACGCUGUUCCCACCUGGUGCUCUUCCCUCGAGAAGAUCCAGUGUUGAAGGACUCCCUCAGAUGCUCACUUGCAAGGAUAUAAUCGAUUUUGCAAUCCUUCGCAGCAACCAGGCAAUCAAUUCUCGGCGCAGCCCAAAUCGCUUUGAGAUUGCCCGCGAAGGUCAGCGCAUUGCGGUGGUGGUCUUGAAUCGGCCAGUUCACCGACUUGGAGAGACCAUUAUUGCUACCAUGGACUUUGGCAACGCUACAAUUCCAUGCUAUGCAGUACGGGCCUCAUUAGAGACCUCUGAGAAGGUCACACCCACUUUGGCCAUUCGUUCCAAUGCAAGCAUCCAUCGCACUACACGAAAGAUCCAUGCAUCUUUGUUCGAGAACACACUCCACGCUACUCGAGCAGCCUUCAGUCCGGCUAUUCCUAUCGCAGCUACACCUACCAUUCUCACCAGUGGUGUGACCCUUAACUGGGAGCUGCGAUUCGAGUUUGUCACGUCCUGUGGUCGGGGUGAUCAAGGACCCAGCCCAUCGGGCAUUCGCUUACUUGAGACCUUGUCCUCAGAUGAUCGCGGCAAGCUGCUGUCUGCCAUGGAUCACCUGAAUUGCGAGUCUUUCGAAAUCGCCAUACCAUUAACAGUUUAUGGAGAAACCGUUCGAGAGCGGCAGCCCGAAGAGAACGAGGGCUACGCGAUUUAG